AUGCAUCGUCUAGCUAACAACUUUUCUGUAUCCACUAAUCCUCCAAGCGGUAUAACACCCAACAUUGUAACGCCAUCAUCGUGCGCUACUGGACUAGAACGAUGUUGCUAUGCCGGUCCUUAUCAGUGUGGGCUCCAGUAUCCACCAGUUGCUUCUGCAAGAGCACCCUUAGCUGGUCAAGCUGCCUACGGUGAAUAUCCUUGGCAGGCGGUUCUGCUCGGCCCUGGUGAUAUCUACAUUGGAUCCGGUGCUCUAAUUGACCCAUUGAAUGUGAUUACGGCAGCUCACAGAAUAGCCGACUACAUAAGCGGCUCAAGGGUACUGAGGGUUCGUUUGGGAGAAUGGGACGCUUCAUCGGCAUCAGAACCUAUUCCCGCCCUGGAGUACACAGUUACCAAAAUUUUCGUUAAUCCAAACUAUAAUUCUGCGAACUUACAAAACGAUAUUGCAAUGUUGAGACUGUCGUCGGCGGUUCCAUUGGGAACUACUCCUACGAUAACUACGGCAUGCCUGCCGGCCACAUCCUUUGUUGGAUCAACAUGUUGGGUAUCGGGCUGGGGUAAAAAUGAUUUUAUCAGUGGAGCAUUUCAAGCUAUUCAGAAGGAAGUUGAUGUUGCUGUGAAAUCAUCCACCGAUUGCCAAACCGCACUCAGAACGACACGUCUAGGACCGUCCUUCGUAUUUGACUCAAACAGCUUUGUCUGUGCGGGUGGUGAAGCUGGAAAGGAUGCCUGCACUGGAGAUGGAGGAUCGCCUCUGGUGUGUUCUUUGAAUGGACGCUUUUUCAUUGUAGGGUUAGUGGCAUGGGGAAUUGGAUGUGGAACUUCGAAUAUUCCGGGAGUGUAUGUAAAUGUUGCAUCUUAUAUACCGUGGAUUACUAGAACUGUAAGCUUGACUUGAAAA